AUGAGAUCCCACCGCAGCGUCUUCUCUCUCGCAUUGAUCCUGUUGGGCGUGACUAACGGUUUUGUCGUUCAAGAUGCAACCUCCAGGACAUGCAAGAUCGGCAGCCUAAAGAGCACCGCCACAGAAGUCGAUUCGGCGGUGGAAGACCUGCUUUCGUUUGCCAGAAAAGUGGGGCCAGUGGGUUCUUUGGCUACCGAAGAAGAACAAACCAAGGUGGUGGAACUUGCCACCAAAUUGGCUGAGAAACGAGGGAUCAGCGCGCCAGCAAAAGCAUCUUUGCGCGGUAUUCAUGACUUGGUGUACAGCGCUGCUCCAGGAGGUAGCUCUGGAAGGUUGUUUGGACCCGUGUACGGGAAAGUUACUCAAGACUUUCUUGAAGAUGACGUGACGUUCAUCAAUGCCGUGAAGAUCGGUCCCGUGGAAAUUUCAUUACAGGCAGAAAAGAUCGUAAAAAAUGACACGACAAACAUUGUGAAGUUCAAAAAGUCGCAAGUAAAGGCAUUUGGCAAAACAGUUGUCGAGAAGGAUAUUAAUGGUGGAGGUGUCUGGAAAUACCUCUUCAUGGGUGAAGUUCAAGAUGCUGAUGGGAACAAGAAGUUGCUUCGCGUAAUGGAGACUCCAAGUCUUUUUGUCAUUGAGCAACCCAUUCCUUGA